GUUAUGAAUUGUGAGGUGGUGAAUAAAUGAUAAUUAUUCUGCAGAUGAGAAAGAAGAUGAAAUUCAAAUUGGGUUCCCAACAGAUGUAAAGCAUGUGGCACAUAUUGGAUCAGAUGAUCCAUCAGCAAAUGCACCAAGCUGGAUGAAUGAAUAUAAAUCAACAAACCCGCCUGGAGGAGCAGAGAAACCUACCCAGCCAACAGAAGAGCGUAAAAGCAAAUCAUCAAAACCAAAAGAAAAAUCGUCCAAGAUUCGACAUCUAAUACCAAAAUCAAGACAUGAAUCAAUCGACAACGAAACCAACACCACAACUAAGAAGAACACACGACGCCAACAGCGAUCAUCAGACCCAACUGCAGACUCCUCGACCCAUGAUUCUUCAGCCGGUUCACGACACAGGAGACAUCGUCGUGGCUCUGAUUCAGUGCCGCCUGAUGCUCCACAACCAGGAACCAAAACCCAUCGGAGAAAACCAAAGAAUUCUGAAGAUGGUGGUUCAGUACGGAAACCUAAUUCAAGGAAAUCUUCUAAAGGAGAUUCGUUAACCGAUAUUUCUCUUUCGGAUUUCGGAUCAGGGUCCUUGGCAGAAACUGAGAAUGGACCUAAUUAAUAGAGUUUGAGUUUAUAAUUUAAAUUAAAUUGGAGUGGGUGAGAGAGAAAGUAAUGCUAUUGUUAUUAUGUAAUACAAUAAUUAAUCACAAAUUUUAGGGAGAGAAGAAUGGAAAGUAAUUGUUGCUUGCUUUAUUUUGCAAGUGUAAAUUACAAAUUUUGAUGUCUUCUUGUAGUGGGUUGCGGUUAUCGCCCUGCAUAAAUUCAGAAAUGGUUUUGAAGUACAACUCACGACAUACUAUGAUUUAUGCAGGGUACUGGAAAUCAUUAAGUACAUCUAAUGGUUUUGGAGUACAAGUCACAGAAACCAUUUAUGAAUUUAUGCAGAGUGCAUAAGAUUUCCUUAUGCACCAUAAUCGCAACCUUUG